AUGGGAUUCCCUCAAGUGUCUCAGUUCAAAUACAAAUAUUCUUUGGUUUCCAAUGAAGAUUGUAAUGGGGCAAACGCAAUUGAACAUCCAGUAGCUAGUCUGGAUUCUUUAGACUUAUGUUCAAAGUUCACAUAUCGAUUCCUGAUUUACCAGAUGGAAAGUCAAGGUAGUGGCUACUCGUUUUUAUCGUUGUAUGGGUUUCAGUGUUCAGUGGAAGAAAAAAAGCUACGUUUUUUAGUAGAAUUUCAAAACACAAGUAAUACCCGUUGGGAUAAAUCUUUCAAUCCAAAUGUAACGUUAAUUGGAGAUGCAACAUGGAAUGGGCCAAAAGAAGAGCUUUGUAUAGUCGCAUGUCAUAUCUUGAAUCAAACUGACCCUUUGGGAAGUGCUCAUAUUGGAGAUUGUUCGAUCAGGCUGACCUUAUACUUCCCUGAAGUUCGGUCAAUCAUGAACACACAUACCACCGAAGGUCAAAUUUGGUCAACCAAGAAAGCGGAGGAUGUCGGGUACUUUGAACCAAUCAAGUUUCAAAGCUUUGAUCAUAGUUCGGAGUAUUACGGAUCAAUGUAUGAGUUCACAAAAUUGCAGAAAGUAAGACAAUUUUGCCCUAAAACAGAAGUUGCUAAAAGGGAAGGGGUUGAGUACCCAUCAGGGUAUAAUGGGGAUAUGAGUUUCGACAUGUCUGUCAAGUACAGAAACAUGGAUUCCAUUGGUUCUGCAAUUCCGAUCUUUGUCGGGGAGCAGUUCUACCACUCGUAUGACGCUUUCGAUUCAAAUUUUGGUUCAUGGCAGGACCCCACCAGUUACACCGGUCCCAUGAACAUCAGCUAUGAGAUUAGCUUCCGAAUGUUUGCUAAUUCGACGUCGGAAUCGGGAAGCGGGAUUUCGUCCUUAUGCUUAACCAACAAUGGUAGAGUUGAGAUAUCUGCAGAAGGGUUUUAUGAUAAUGAAACCGGAAGACUUUGUAUGGUUGGGUGUCGAAAUCUACCUUCUUCUGGGAAGAAUUCAGAAAAUGAAUCUUUCGAUUGCGAGAUUCUGGUGCAAUUCCAAUUCCCGAGUACUAAUGGCAAUAAUGGAAGUUUUUUAAUCAGGGGAAGCAUAGAAAGCUUACGUGAAAAGACAGAUGUUUUGUAUUUCGAAAGUCUAAAUGUUGUUUCUCUCACUUACACUAAACUCGAAGCCAUGGAAUCGAUAUGGAGAAUGGAUUUGGAAAUUAUACUGGACUUGAUUUCUGGGACACUUUCGUGCUUUUUUAUUGUCCUGCAAAUCUUUCAUGUGAAAAAGAAUCCGGAUAUGAUUCCUUUGAUUUCGGUUUUGAUGAUGGUGAUUCUUACACUUGGGUAUAUGGUUCCUUUAGUGUUGAAUUUCGAGGCAAUGUUUUCAGAGACUCCUUAUCUUCAAAACAUUCAACUCGAGGGUAGUGGUGGAUUGCUUGAGGUGAAUAAAGUCAUUGUUAGGAUAGUUACAAUGGUAGCUUUCACUUUGCAAUUCCGUCUCCUCCAAUUGACAUGGUCUAAAAAAUCUGGGAAUGACAAUAAUGGAAAGGGAAAGAGUCAUUGGAAUCAUGAGAUAUGGACUCUGGUCAUCUGUUUACCGGUUUAUAUUGUUGGUGGGUUGAUGAUGUUUCUAGCGAAUUGGAAGAACAAUGAUUACAUUAUCUCAAGUAAUCGAUCAAUCUGGGGUGAUUUGAGGUCUUAUGCAGGGUUAACACUAGACGGAUUCCUAUUCCCACAGAUUGUACUUAACAUGUUUAAGAUUUCAAAAGGGAAUGCUUUGUCUUAUUUGUUUUACAUAGGGAACACUUUUGUUCGAACACUACCUCAUGCGUAUGAUAUUUAUAGGAGUCAAAAAAACAUAAGUCACCAGUUUCAUCAGUUCUAUCUAUAUGCAAACCCAAGAGCAGAUUUCUAUUCACCUUCUUGGGAUGUUUUCAUUGCUUGUGGAGGUGUUGUGUUUGCAGUGAUCGUCUUCUUGCAGCAACGUUUUGGUGGUCGAUUUAUGUUUCCAAAGAGAUUCCAGGAGACUGUUGGGUAUGAAAUGGUGCCUGUGGUAAACAAUGAGUAA